UCAGCAAAAUUGUAAUUAUUCUUGAAAUUAAUGAUGUCAGCAGCAAAGCAUGAGACAAGUAGAAGCUAAACCAGGAUUGUUUGCUUUUUUUUUUUUUUUUCAUUCUUUCACGUAAUGCCUAAGUAAUGCUGAGUAGCUGCUGUGUGAGGUGUGGGAAGGAGUGGCUGGGUAAAGCAAGUAGGAAUUAACGCUGGCAUGGGAAGAAGGAAGGAACUGUGUCGUUUGUGGGAGGGGACUGGUGGCUCUGUGCUCAUUUCCUGUCCUUUCACACUGAAGUUUUGAGAAGUUUGAAACAGCUACACAGCUGUUCAGGACAGCCAGUGACUUACAUGAAUUGCAGUUACAAUCAUUUGGCAGCAAAUUUGUGCAUAAAAUGUGAUGCUUCAGGCCAGAUAGGACGCAUCUUCCAGCCCACCCACAGCAUACAACUGACAAGAAGUUCUCUGCUGCUGCCAUACAGGUGCACCUCAGAAUUCUCAUUAAGAGUCCAAAGAUCUUUUUGGAAGAUGCAUGAAGAGAUACAGAAAAUGAAGGAAAUUAUCCUUAUUUACCUUGACAGAAGUGGUGGCCUUGAGAAAUUUGUGCACGAUUGCAAAAAAUACAACGGUAUUGCUCACUCAGUAGAUAUUUUGUUAACAUUGGUAAGUAUUGUUAAGCAAACCUCUGUCAUAUUUAAGACCGUUUUUGCUCCUGCAGACUCAAAACAAAGUUAUGCUGUGUAUCGUUUCGUUAUUUCAAUAAACCCUUCUGAUGUUGCUGAACUGGAUGCAACUCUUGGAAACUACAUUCUUCAUAGGCCCAUGAAAGCUGCAGGGAUUUUUCAGUCAGUAUGUUUCAUAGCUAUUAAGACAUUAUCAUUAAUUGAACAGUUACAGACGGAGGCCCAAAUAAGCAUACUGCUGAAACCAACACAUUUACCACCAUUACCGAGUUAUGUUCUCAGUCUUUCUGCAUUUCCAUUUAAUUACACAUCUAAGAGAUUUUAUAUGUCUGAAGGAAUAGUGAUUGCAAUGGGAACUGUCACAAAAUACACUCAAGGAGCAAGAUUUCUUUGCACUGGGGAAACCUGUCCACUCUCUGAAGGGUUUAGGUACAUUAGGGUGCAUCUGCCCGGAGCUACAGAAUCUGCCACAGUGAGGAAUGACUUUGUGUGCAGUUUGUGUUCUUCACCACUGCAGGAAGAUAUGAAAUUCAGAGUACUCGGUGAUAAACAGAUAGUUGAAAUGAUUGAUGCCAAAGUUCUUCAUGCUUUAAAAGGAUAUUCUGAUCAUAAAUCGCAUUUUAGGAUUCAGACUUUUACAGUUUUCUUGAGAGAUGAACUGGCCAAUAGAAUGACAAUAGGAAACCACUACAAGAUCAUAGGAAUUCCAGCUUGUGUACAAAAUGGCCCACAAGCUACAGCAUUUAUAGAAGUCAGUAGUGUAGAGCUCUGUAAACCAAAUGGUCCUUCUUUCAUUGGUGAAAAUUUUAAGUAUCUACUCUCACUGACCUCAAGUUCAUGCUGGAGGUUUACAGCCAUGCUUGCCAAUAUUUUUGCUUCUCAAGUUGUUCCACCAGGCACUUACAACACUCUUAAAUUGGCAAUAUUACUGAGUCUGGUACAGACGUGUGAAAUAGAAAAUGCAGAUUACCUCGAUCUACUGAUUGUGACAAGUGACACUCUAAUAAUUGAUAGGCUUCUGAAUUACAGCCUGUGUCUCCUGCCUCGUGGCAUACGCCACCCAUCCUCUAGUGACAUCUUUCCUUCUGUGUCCAAAGAUAAACAUGGAACUGGAAGUGCUAGUAUUCAAGCUUGCAGUGCUGUGCUGGCUCAGGGUGGUAUCUGUUACAUAGGAGACUUCUCUUCAUACAAAAAGGAUAAACUUGAACUCCUGCAAUCCGUGCUAGAGAGCAGGACGACAACGCUGUUCAUUCCUGGGAAGAAGUAUGGAGAAGAGGCUGACCAACAAGUGACUAUUUCAAUUCAGACCAACUUCUGGUCUUAUGUAGAUGUGGGUUCUUCCCCAAAGAAACAGACAGCAAGGGACAGCUUUUUAAUUGGGCAGAUGGACCUGAGUUUGAUUCCACCUAAUCUUUUAGAUGUUUUUGGGCUGUUGAUAUACAAUGAAUUUCCUUCGUGUCAGCUGUCUUUUCCUGUAGUGCAUCAUGUCUUGCAAAAAGCCAUUAAUCCUGAAGCCAUGCUGUACAGAGUCUCACAGCAGUUCAGAACACAGGAUUAUGAAGAGUUUAUUUCAUUCGCAAAGAAUCUUCACGUCCAACUGAGUUCUGAAGCAGAAAACCUCAUUCAGGGCUACUAUCUUGCAAGUCGUAGAGUGAGGAGAGAUUCUUUGCGUGGAUCAAAAUUAUCAGCAUCUGCACUAAAAAUCCUGAUUUCACUGUCCAAAGCUCAUACUAAACUGAGUUUGAGGAAGAAAGUCCUUGAGGAAGACGCAUUGAUUGCCAUCCUGUUGUUUGAGUCAUCUCUUACCCUAAAAUACGGUAAGUCAGCAUUGUGCAUAGAACCAAACGCAGUAUUUCCAUUCGACCUCAGUGAUGAAAACAGCCUCCAACAGAGAGAUAUUUACCUACUGCAGUGCCACCAUCAACUGCUUCAGUUUAUUGGUGCAUAUAGCCCAGGGACUUACGUUAGCACUAAUGAAGAAUGAACUCUGCUGCGAGUCCGAAGCUUCUACUUCAGCUUUCUGGCACUGCAGUUACAGAAAAAUAGACAACUAUUUUCAGUGCUAGUUUGCAAAGAAAUAAAACAUAGCUGAUAGGAUUUAGUUGAAGUUGCCUGGUAACACUGAAGAAAGACAGAAGUGAUGUUUCUGUUCUGGAAGGCCACGGCUUCAGAAUAAAGCCAGAACCUGAUCUUCUAUUCCCAGCUACCACUAUGAUUUAACUGGAUGAACAGAGACAAGUUUUUAGUAAGGUAACUAACAUUUAAACCAAGAAUGCUUAAUACUGUAUUUCAUUUCAACUAUGAACUGUACUUUUUCCUGUUGCUUCUUUUUAAAUGCAUUAUCCAGCAAGGAAUAGUUUAAAUACACUACAAAAAACAGUACUGAUGUAAGACAACUUCAAGUUAUUCAUGUACAAUAUAAUAUACUAUAAAUUUUAAGAUUUAUAUCACCAUACUGCUUCUUGCUUUAUGUCUCAGUUUUACAUUACAGCACCAUCAUAUCAGCACAGGAUGCAGGUACGCUCCUGCAAUCUGAAAUAAAGCUUAAAUAAGGACACUGGAGACAGGAGAGCAAAAAAAAAUUAUUAGUAGGCCCACCAGGGAGGAGGCAGCUCAAGGAGUUCCAGCCUAACUGCCUCAUUGCAAA